CCUUAAGCAACUUCACGCCUCUUCCCGCCAAUAUGCCGUCCAGAGAAGAAAUCCACUACUUCGGAGCAGGACCUGCCCCACUGCCAACACCCGUUCUCGAAGAAGCCUCCCGCGUGCUACUCAACUACAAAAACACGGGAAUCGGCAUCACUGAAAUCUCCCACCGCAGUGCCGAUGCCAAUGAAGUCCUCGCGACCGCCCAACAAGCUCUCCGAGAACUCUUGGACAUUCCCGAAUCCGACGGGCCAGAAGGCUACCAGAUUCUCUUCCUCCAAGGCGGCGGAAGUGGAGAAUUCAGCGCCGUAGUCUCCAACCUCGUCAGCGUAUGGGUCGCCAAGCAACUCAAGGCUGUCAAUGGCGACGAGGAGAAGUUGAAGCAGAUUGUCCAAAGUCAGCUGAAGCUGGACUACUUCGUCACCGGAUCCUGGUCGCUGAAAGCCUCCCAAGAAGCUGCUCGACUCGUGGGAGGCGAAUAUGUGAACAUCGUGACAGAUGCACGGAAAUCUCGCGAGGGUAAAUUUGGUGUCAUUCCUGAUUCAUCCACUUGGACUGCCUCCUCUUCCUCCGAACCAGCCUUGACGUACUACUGCGACAACGAAACUGUCGAUGGAGUUGAAUUCCAAUCCACGCCAACUGGAACUAACCUCGUUGCUGAUCUGAGCAGUAACUUCCUGUCACGCCCAGUCGACGUACGAAAACACGCAGUCAUCUUUGGCGGAGCACAGAAGAACAUUGGAACCACCGGUGUGACCAUCGCAAUCGUCUCCAAUGCGUUCUUACCCCCUCACGCAGAAUACGCCAAACCGGAACUGCUUCGCAAGCUGGGUUUACCCAUUGGACCCAUUGUCUUUGACUAUCCCACCAUUGCGAAAAACAACAGUCUAUACAACACCUUACCAAUCUUCGACGUCUGGAUCGCAGGACAGGUCAUGCAACGAUUACUGCAACUUCAUCCCCAAUCCGAACAAGACGGCCAACAACAACAACGUAUUGCAGGCCAAGCCCAGGAAAGCAACCAGAAAGCCCAACUCCUAUACCACACGCUCGACAGCAACGAGAAAGUCUAUCAGGUCGUACCCGACAAGAGUGUCCGCAGCAGAAUGAACCUCUGUUUCCGCGUCAAAGGGGGCGAUGCAGAUGCCGAAAAGGCGUUUUUGAAAGGUGCAGAGAACAGAGGUCUGCUGGGUUUGAAAGGCCAUCGCAGCGUGGGUGGAAUUCGCAUCAGUAAUUAUAAUGCUGUGCCGGUGUCUGCGGCGGAGAAGUUGGCCAAGUAUUUGCAGGAUUUUGCACAGGAGAAUUCGUAGAAGUCAAGAGAGGAGGAAAUACAAAAAGCAUCGUGAUUUGUGAUUAGCGUGGAGUUUCCUGGCAGAAAAACAUCAGAAGGGGCAUGAGGUGUGGUGGGGAAUCAUGAGGGAAUUAAGAAAAGAAAAAGGCAUUGAGAAAGCUCUGGGUGAAGGGCGUAUCUUCCUAUGAUUUGAAUGCAUGAUUGAAGUCCUGUAUUGUUUCAACUACAAUAUCCACGACUUCAAAACCUUUACAGUCCACUUUGAAAUUACACGAAUUCUUU